UUUUAAGCAUAAAAAAUUCAUUUCUCGAGAAGAAAAAAAUACAUAAGGUUCAACUAAAUUUGCAAGAAAUGUGAAUUUGAUAAAAUAGAAGAAUUUGAAAAUAUUGAAACGAGUGGUUAAGAGCGUUAAUUAGUGAUUUGUAUUAGAGCUAUUAUUACAGAGGGAAACCUUAUCGUUCAUAAAUUGGUGUGUUGAAGAAGACGAAGUUGAUACUCAUAUUCAGUCCCUCAUUCAACAUGUCAAUGAUGUCGACGACUUCAACCAUUAAUCAUGCAAUGUCAAUCAGAAGAAGCAACAACAACAACAAUGCUUUCUCUCCGUUUCGAAUGAUUAAUUGCUCCAAUUCAAAUCCAAAUAACCGUUCUGUUGCUGGCGGUGGCUUCGGAGAUAAGACCAACAAACCUAACAAAAAGGGUUCGCAAUCGCGGCGAAACCCAAGGGAAUCAUCAACUAAACAAUCUCAGGCACCGCGUUUAACUUCAAAAGUUGAUGGCAAAUCCAGAAGCAUUUCUUCGGACAUUGAUUUUGAAGAACGCCUAAAAGCAGUUAGAAGGUCAGCACUAGAGAAAAAGAAGGCAGAAGAGAAAAAAGAAUUUGGAGCUAUUGAUUAUGACACACCUAUUUCUUCAGACAACAAGACAAUUGGUUUUGGUACCAAGGUUGGAAUAGGUGUAGCUGUUGCUGUCUUUGGUCUGGUUUUUGCUUUAGGAGAUUUUCUUCCAUCUGGAAGUCCCAACGAAGACACUGCUGUGGUCAAUGAUAAGUUGUCAGAGAAGGAUAAAGCUGCUCUUCAGAGUAGGCUUAAGGAAUUUGAAGCGACAUUAAGUAACUCCCCAAGAGAUCCAGCAGCUAUCGAAGGUGCUGCAGUAACAUUGGCAGAACUAGGGGAAUAUUCAAAAGCUGCUUCUCUACUCGAUGAUUUGACGAAGGAAAAACCAAAUGAUGCUGAUGCUUUUCGUUUGCUUGGAGAAGUUAAGUAUGAACUUAAAGAUUAUGAUGGGAGUGUUGCUGCAUAUAAAAGUUCGGCAAAGGUAUCUGAAGAUGUCAAUUUUGAAGUUCUGCGUGGCCUUACCAAUUCAUUACUUGCUGCUAAGAAGCCAGAUGAGGCUGUUCAAUUACUUUUGGCUUGUCGCGACCGCCUGAGCUCAAAAGACUUGAGCAACAAAGCUGAUAGCAGCCCAACAGACUCACAGAAGCUGGAUCCAGUUCAAGUUGAAUUACUUCUAGGGAAAGCCUAUUCAGACUGGGGCCAUGUUGGUGAUGCUAUAGCUGUUUACAAUCAACUCAUAUCUACUCAUCCUGAUGACUUCCGUGGAUACUUAGCUAAGGGAAUCAUCUUAAAAGAAAGCAAAAACAUUGGAGAUGCAGAGAGGAUGUUCAUACAAGCUAGGUUCUUUGCACCAGAUAAAGCUAAAGCACUUGUGGACCGUUAUUCAAGAUAAUAGUUUACUUUAUAUUGAUACUGAUUACAUCAUGGUAUGCUUUGUAUAAUAGAAACAUCAGAGCUUUAACUAUGUAAUAUAAAAUUAAAAGUAAGGAUCACUUUCGUGAAAAAAAUUUGUUUGUUUUUAA